AUGGGGAAUUCAUGCAAUUACAUACCGCCCCUGAGCUUUUCGCCCGUGGUUGGCACCGAUGUGUCGCUGUACAGGUCGGGAUAUCCGAUGCCGCUUAACUACGCAUUCAUUAGAGAUCAGCUCCAUUUGAAAACAAUAAUAUACGUCGGCGACAAGGAGGAACUGUCGCCGGAAUACGAUGAGUUUCUUCGCCAGGAAAAGAUCCAGUUCCGCAGGAUUCACAUGGUGUCGUGCCGGGACCCCGAUAUUCACGAACGCAUGAAUGAAGUACUACGCUUGGUUGUAGAUGUCGAUAACUACCCGAUACUGAUCCAUUCGAACAAGGGAAAGCACAGGGCGGGCGUAGUGGUUGGCAUCAUCCGCAAGCUUCUACAAGGCUGGUCCCUCGCAGGCAUUUAUCAAGAGUACGGUAUAUUCUCCGGCGGGCUCAAGGGAGAGGCAGACCUAGAGUUCAUCACGAUGUUUGAGACCAAGCUAGCUGUGCCCAGAAAGAAGAUGCCCGAUUUUGCCAUUUUUUAG